CCCUUUGUUCGGUGCAGUAACUGGUCCAUGUUCCGUUCCUUCAAGAAGCCAAGACGAUGGGCAUUACUUCACGUUGUCCCGUAAAACUUAUAAUCCAUUUACCGGUGCGCAUGUCGUGAUGGAUGUUCCGUGCUUUUAUGAACCUGAGAAUGGCCGUCAUAUUAAUGUUGCAAAUGCCACGAACGGCAAAGCCAUUUUUUCCACUGCGGGAGAGCUCUUUGUUGGGAAGAAGCUCGUGCAGAUUAUUGCGACCGAAAUUGAAUGGACGUACCCGGCCGUCGAAAGGGCCACCACUGCCACCGGUGAAGAUAAAGGAUCCUGGCGUAAAAAAGUAAAAUCAAAGCGCAUGGACUUUGAAGAAAAAUAUGUGAAAGGUUCUGGUAACCAGAAAAAAAGACCCGCAAAUUAUCAUUACGAUGGUUAUAAUAAUAACGGAGAGUCCAGCACCAGCAGAGGCGCACCCAUGAAUUGUAACGAACCAAUAUCAACCAAGUUGGUGGAUGCAGUGAGCGUAGUCACCAACAACAAAGGAAAAGGUCAUGAGGGGGGAGACGAAAGUUUGGACAUCGAGAGAUCCAUGAAUUCUUGUGGUGAAAAUUCAGACACUGAAUGA